AGUUUGACAUCCAGGUCCACCGGGAUUCUUUUAUUUUUCAGCACGAGCCCUCGUCGGAAUGUAUAGUUUGCGGUAAAUAAGAAGUUUACUUUCACCUACUGACCGAAGCAGAGCAAUUGUCUGUUUCUAUUGUGCCUGCUUUACCAACCAUGCGACUUUGAGCCCUUGUAACGCUUCCCCGCACUUGGUCAAUUUCCAAGUUGUGUAAGUACUUGAGUAGCUCCUUUUGUUUCCCUUCUCUUUACAAAAUUUCAUCAUCAAGCUCAACCAUGACGGGCUCGGCCACCUCUUCGUCUGUCACAAACCCGUCUCCACGGGCGCAUCCCUAUGCUAAACCAGGGAAAAAUAUCACAGACCCAGCAGCGCAAACAUCAAGUACUCCCUCAAUCGCGAAGCAGACCACGGACUCCAUCGAAUUAUUUCAGCAGCAGAUUCUGACCGGAAUCCCCCUCGACGAGCUCCCAACCCCACCGCAGAGACUCACGACAAAACCGGUCUCCCGCGCACCGAAAAGGAAGCAGAUUUUGACGAACCGCGAGAAGCAGCUCGCCUUGAAGAACGCUUUGCGGUACUUCCCGCAGAGAUUUCACAAAGACUUAACCGAGGAAUUCGCGACAGAGUUGGAAACCUACGGGCGGAUCUACAUGUACCGUUUCAUGCCGCACUACGACAUGUUCGCGCGGCCGAUCGAGCAGUACCCGGGGAAAUCACUGCACGCGAAGGGGAUCAUGCUGAUGAUCCAAAAUAACCUCGAUCCAAAAGUUGCGCAACAUCCCUACGAGUUGAUCACGUACGGUGGGAAUGGUGCGGUUUUUCAAAACUGGGCCCAGUACUUGCUGACUAUGAAGUACCUCGCGACGAUGUCGGAUGAACAGACGCUCGCCAUGUACAGCGGGCACCCGCACGGGCUGUUCCCCAGCUCGAAAGACGCGCCGCGGGUGAUUGUGACGAACGGCAUGGUCAUCCCUUCGAAAUCGACCCCCGACGACUACGAAAGGAUGAACGCCUUGGGGGUUUCCCAGUACGGCCAAAUGACGGCGGGGAGCUACAUGUACAUCGGGCCGCAGGGAAUUGUGCACGGGACCACGAUCACAUUAUUGAACGCCGCGAGGAUUCUGAAGCAGAAACGAGGAAAAGCCUUCAACCCGGAGAACAAGCCCCUACUUUUCAUCACCGCCGGCCUCGGUGGCAUGUCGGGCGCCCAGCCGAAAGCGGCAAACAUCGCGCACAUGAUCUCCAUUACCGCGGAAAUCGACUCCGUUGCGGCGAAAAAGCGGCAUUCGCAGGGGUGGGUGGACGAGAUCGAAUCGGAUUUGGGGGUGUUGCUGAAGAAGGUGAAGUAUGCCCAGGAUGUGGAGAAAAAGGCGAAGUCCUUCGCGUUUCUGGGAAACAUUGUGGAAUUGUGGGAGUUUUUGGUGCGGGAAAAGGUAGUAAUGUUUUUAAGCAGAGUGAGAAGAGGUCAUUUAAUGUCAGAAAAACAUCCUGCAAUCGCAAUGCUACUUACAUUUGAUUUUGAAAAUAAGAUGAACAAGCCUCGGGGCGAGCCCUGCUGGGCUCGCCUGGGCUUGGGAUUGUCGGUUGCGACCGGUAGAUCGGUGACUGAAUAAACUGCAAGGAGACCGGGAGAGGGGGCCCGAUGUCAGUUUGGAAGCUGGGCGCGUUCGCGCGCCGGCUUUCGACAACCCCGCGCCAGCUGCCUGCCCCGCCCGCGCUACCUCUUUGGCAUCUUGCCGCCCGCUGGCGGCGUGCCGGCUGCUGCUUGCCCCGCCCGUGCCGUCCUCAGACAGGUAGCGAGCCUGCCGGCUGCCCCCGCUACCCUGCCGGCUGCCCCCGCUACCCUGCCGGCUGCCCCCGCUACCCUGCCGGCUGUCCCCGCUACUCUGCCGGUUGCCCCCGCUACCCUGCCGGCUGCCCCCGCUACCCGGCCGGCCGCCCCCGCUACCCCGCCGGCCCCCGCUACCCUGGCGGCUGCCCCCGCUACCAUGCCGCCCCGCUGCCCCCACUACCCUUCCGGCUGCCCUGCCGGUUGCCCCCGCUACCCUUCCGGCGGGCCCCGCUACCCCGCCUGCCGCCCCCGUUACCCUUCCGGCUGCCUUCGCUAGCUUGCCGGCUGUCCGCGCUGCUCUGCCGGCUGCCUGCCCCCGCUACUCUGCCGGCUGCCCCCGCUACUCUGCCGGCUGCCAACCCGCCCCCGCUACCCUUCCGGCCGCCCCCGCUACCCUGCCGGCUGCCCUCGCUACCAACCCUGCCGGCUGCCCCCGCUACCCGGCUGGCUGCCCCCGCUACCCUGCCGGCCGCCCCCGCUACCCGGCCAGCUGCCCCCGCUACCCGGCCGGCUGCCCCCACUACCCGGCCGGCCGCCCCCGCUACCCUCCGUCCCGGCUGCACCCGCUACGCUGCCAGCCGCCCUCGCUACUCUGCCGGCUGCCUCCGCUAGCCUGUCGGCCGUCCCCGCUAGCCUGCCGGCGCGCGGCCGCACGCUAGGUAGCCUGCCGGCGGGCUGCCUUGCGCGUGUUGGUUGUCGCUGGCCGCCGUUCUGCUCAUGGCACGCAGGACCCCCCAGUAGAUAGGUUUUUGCGCCCUUUCCCCUGGCGCAAUCGCUUGGGCUGCUCUAUGGGCCCCCCUUAAGCGUCCCCUUAAAAGCCCCCUUAAAGAUCCCCUUAAGAAUGCCCUUAAAGAUGCCCCUUAAAGAUUCCCCCUUAAAGAAAUCGCCUUAAAACUUUUCGCCCUCAAUCCCCAUGCUAUGGGCCCGAUUUUCUCGUUGCCAAAAGUUUGCGCCAACGCACAUAAGAAAACGCAGCAUACCCUCGGCGCAAAAAUGAACCCCCAUGGUGUCAUCGAUUCCGCGCCCCCCCCCUUUUUUAAGGAGUUUCUUAAGGGGAAGUCUUAAGGGGAGUUCUUAAGGAGUUUGGUCCAUAGGAAUAAGUAAAGGGAAUUGCAUCGUAGUGAAACCCACAUCAGGUCCAUGUCGAUCUCGGAAGCGACCAAUCGUCCCUCCACAUCCCCUUCGCUGGCGGGUACUACCCCGCGGAUUUACCUCUCGACGAGUCCCGGAGCAUCAUGCAAAAAGAUCCGGCGAGGUUCAAGCAACUGGUCGAGAAAACGUUAGUACGACACGCGGCGGCCAUCAACGUCAUGACGGAGGAGAGACAGAUGUACUUUUUUGACUACGGCAACGCGUUUCUGCUGCAGUGCAAGCGCGCCGGUGCCGACAUCAUCGACAAGAACGACGACACGAAGUUCCGCUACCCGAGCUACGUCGAAGACAUCAUGGGCCCGAUCUGCUUCGACUUCGGGUUCGGGCCAUUUCGGUGGGUCUGCUGCAGUGGGAAGGAGGAGGAUUUGGCGACGACCGACGCGAUCGCCUGCGAGGCGCUCGAGCAAGUCGCGAAGACGUCGCCGGUACUUAUUGAAUCAGAGUAAGUGUAGUCGCAACUUAUUUUUUGCAGCCACGCCAGCUGGUUCAAACUGCUCGUGAGGUACAGCUCUUUUCUACGUCUCCUCCCCCCAACCACAUGACCACGGGUCAAUUUAAAUUUCUGCACAAAAUUCUAUCAGGUCGAAAUCCAGCAGCAGCUCCGGGACAACAUUACCUGGAUCAAGGGCGCCCGAGCGAACAAGCUGGUCGUCGGUUCCCAGGCGAGGAUUCUCUACGCGGACGCCGAGGGGCGCAUGAAGAUCGCCGAGGCGUUUAACCAGGCGAUAAAAAGUAAAAAACUGUCAGGUCCGGUGGUCCUCGGUCGGGAUCACCACGACGUUUCCGGGACGGAUUCGCCGUACCGCGAAACAUCGAACAUCUACGACGGCAGCAGCUUCUGCGCAGACAUGGCAGUGCAAAACUGCAUCGGGGACUCCUUCCGCGGCGCGACCUGGGUGUCGCUGCACAACGGGGGAGGGGUCGGGUGGGGCGAGGUAAGUACUUGCUUUUUAAGCGUAGUCGUGACUGGACUUCUCGGUCUUUGUUCUUUCUUUAGACGUGACCACUAGCUCCUACAUCAUAUGUGUUCAAAUCAUAGGGGAGGGAUUAGGAUUAUGUCAACCUCUCCAGCACAACAUCACCAGGUCAUGAACGGUGGCUUCGGUCUUCUUCUCGACGGCUCUUCAGAGGCGUCCACCAAGCUGAAGCGCAUGCUGCAUUGGGACGUCUACAACGGCAUCACCCGUCGGUCCUGGGCCCGGAACCCAAAUGCCGAGUUUGCGGUGGAUCGGGAAAUGAAAGCCAAUCGGGACUUCGCGGUGACCAUGCCGAAUUCCGUUUCGGAGGAGAACGACUUGAAAAUCAAGGAAUUGUACCCGUGUAACAAUACAGCGGCCUCAAAGCUGUGA